AUGGAAGAGGCUCUCCAGCUGAACCAAACUUCGUUCGUGACACAUUUUCACCUUAGAGGUUUAUCUGUGAAUCAGAAUGUGCAGAUGUCUGUGUUUGCCAUAUUCCUCAUUUUCUAUGCCCUGACACUGAUUGGGAACAUCCUCAUUGUCAUAACUAUUAUCUAUGACCACCGGCUCCACACUCCCAUGUAUUUCUUUCUUAGUAACCUAUCUUUUAUUGAUGUCUGCCACUCCACUGUUACUGUCCCCAAGAUGCUGGUGGACACCUGGUCAGAAGAGAAACUCAUCCCUUUUGGUGCCUGUGUGACCCAGAUGUUCUUCUUGCAUCUCUUUGCCUGCACAGAAAUCUUUCUUCUCACUGUCAUGGCCUAUGAUAGGUAUGUGGCUAUUUGCAAGCCCUUGCAAUACAUGACAGUGAUGAACUGGAAGGUGUGUGUGCUAUUGGCUGCGGCCCUCUGGUCAGGGGGGACUAUCCAUUCCAUAGCCCUGACUUCCCUCACCAUCAAGCUUCCAUACUGUGGUCCUGAUGAGAUUGAUAACUUCUUCUGCGAUGUCCCACAAGUCAUCAAACUAGCCUGCACAGAUACCCACAUCAUUGAGAUUCUCAUUGUCUCCAACAGCGGGCUGAUCUCCGUGGUCUGUUUUGUGGUCCUUGUAGUGUCUUAUGCAGUCAUCCUGGUGAGUCUGAGACAGCGGAUCUCUGCAGGCGGGCGGAAGGCCCUCUCCACCUGUGCAGCCCAUCUCACCGUUGUCACACUGUUUCUGGGACACUGCAUCUUCAUCUAUUCCCGUCCGUCCACCAGCCUCCCAGAGGACAAAGUGGUGUCAGUGUUUUUCACUGCAGUCACCCCCCUGCUGAACCCCAUCAUCUAUACUCUUAGGAAUGAAGACAUGAAAAAUGCCUUGAACAAGCUAAUGGGGAAGAAGGAAGGAAAGGAAGAAAAAUGA